UGUUACACAAUCUGCAACCAUUGCACUGCAGCCAAGGCUCCUUGAGUGUAAGUGAAAGUGCUGGUAGUUCCAAACGGGACGCAACGGACACCCUGUUAAAACAACUGGAGGAAUAACUGAACAGUCCAAAGAGAAAUAUUAAAAAUCACUGAAAAAACAUUUACCCCCAACUCGAUAUUUUAGCUGAAAACAUCAAAGGAAAGUGCUAUAAAUGGCCUAACUAUUAUAUUUUGCAGUGCUUUGUUUCAGGCAAAUGAGUGUUGGAAAAGUAUUAUUCAUUUGUCAAGUUGAAAUACAUUAGUUUAUAUAACUGUGAAUUGACUCGGUUUUGCCGCUUCGGUAAUGAUGCUACUAGUACUUCCUACAGGAGCUUUGCAUUGGAACUUUUUGCCGUGUAUAAGAUUGCUGCAUAUCUAAUUACUUUGUAAGUUAACUGUCUGGAACUGUCUGUCCCAUUCCAUCACAGACAUCUGCACCAGAGAAGGAAGGGGCUGCAUUGGCUCAGCAAACCACAAUGAGCGCUUCAGUAAUGCUAAAGCAGUAUGAGAUAAAGAAACAAGAGAACUCAUUGCACAAUAUGAGUCAAACUAAAGGGCUACCUGGAUUGCCACCACUACCUCCAGAAGUAAGAGAUCAGCCAUCAGACCUUUACAAGAUUAUCGUAAGGCACAGUGAUCACCCACCAUUAAUGCAGCGCAUGUCAUGGCCUUUAGCAGUGCCAUUUAAGGAACAGCGUUAUCAUCGCAGUCCAAGUGAGUCCAUUGCCAAUAACUAUACACCCUCUGCAAGCAAUCUGAGGCUAAAAGAAUUACCAAAAGGUGCAUCUUCUCCAAGAGCAAGUUCAACCCAUGGAUCAGUUAAACAGAGAUCCAUUUCACCUUCCAGAGGAUCCCCGCCAUCUCAGAAACGAGUCAAGCUUUCAUCUACAUGUAAAUCCUCUUUGGAGGGGAUGUCAUCAACACAGGCUGGCUUUGUCAGUCCCUUAACAGCAGCUGGGCCUAGUAUACAUACCAGAAUUGCAGCUGUUAAUGAAAGCCGCCCAGUGUCUCCUAUGGAGCAGCUAAAUAUAAUGUCUAAACUUGACAAAGAAGUUCUUGAACAACAGGGUGACCCAAAUGAAAGGGACUUGGAGCGAUACUUUUACUACAUAAAUCAUGGAGUCCGUAAUGAAAUGCUGGCACCUCAAAAACCAGAACAGAUUGAAAAAGUUAUGCUGCAGUUGCCAUCUGAACUACUGAACAAUCCCAAGAUGGAGAAAUUAAUACAACUUCUUAUAGAAGAGAUUCAAAAUGACUAUGUGUUUAGUCUUAAAAAAGGCAUAGUUGAUUACAUCUUGAAAGACCCUGCUGAAAGGGACCGACUUUUUAUUAGUAGCAUUCCACUCUCUUUUCCUCAAAGAGUCAUACGUGCUCCAGUUCCAUGGCAUGAUGCAUACAGGGAAGCCAAGAGAUUUAAUGAGAACCAUCUCUUCACUGUCAAUCCCAUGAUGCUUCACCUACAACAUCUGUGGUUUACAGAGUUUGGUGACUUACGAUUCAUCCAUUUAACAGAUUUGGCUUCAGAUACCCUGCCCCUGCUUCCUGUAGAAUUUGAGGAUCUCAUUCGAAAGCAGUGUAAGGAGACUCAAAACAUUCUCAAAAACAAAUGGAUUCCAGCUUGUGUUUCUUUGUUUAUUACACACAAAGAAUCUUGGCUACACCUGGCCCCCUGCAAUGAUCAUGACUCCAUUCUGCAAAUCCAGGAAUUCUUUGCAGCAGCUGCAACCUUGAUGUCACUGCAACUAAGAGGAAUGGUUAUAAAUUCUUUAGAGGAUCUUCUCUCCUUUUUCUUAGUGCACAAGAAUGGAAAUGAUUUUGGAGAUGUCUACAAUGAAAUGCAGUUCAUUCUACCACAAAUUAUGAUAAUUCGACUCAAAGUGGAGGAGCCCAAAAUUGUCUUUGAGCCAUCCUUAAAACAAUCCUGGGACUUAAUUCAAAGCUGUUUCCUGGAAAUUAUUAAGAGUGCUGAAGGAAUUCCUAAGGUGGAAGUUGACCUUUUUCCUGAAAUUCAAGAUGAAAGACUUGUGUUAAGCACAGUAAAACCAGAUGAGCCUCUAGUGACUGACUAUAUAAAUAAAAUGAUAGAGAUUUUCAUGAAAAACACAACCGGCCCACAAAAGUAUUUAAAUAUGUAUAAGAAAUAUAGCAAUCUUCUCAACAACAAAGCUGAGCAAGACAUUGUCUCAUUUUUAAAGGAAAGACAUUCACUUCAAGCUUUUACAAAGAAACUUGACAGUUUGGAAUGUUUGAGAGGAGAGAUUGCAUCUAUGAAUAUUACCGUCCCUCUAGCAAUGUUCUGCCUGGAUGCUGUAAGUCUUCAUGAAGACCUCUGUGCUCGUGCCCAAAAACUGAAAGAGAAACUGAUAGUGUUUGAGCUGGAAGAAAACAGGGAACUAAACCAGAGCAUUUGUCGGCGAUACCAUGAAAUUUCAGAGAAGAUCAGUGAAGCACCGGAGAGCACUGAGAACAUGGUAGCACUUGUUGAAUAUCUUAGAAAAGCCAGUGAAGUCACUGUGCAUAAACUGAAAGAUGAAAUCGCUGAAGCCGCUAACCGGUUGGAGUUUUUACUAGACUACGCUACCUUUUCAUAUGAAGACAUAAAACUUAACAGUACUGUAUUCCACUGGCCAGACCAAAUCCAAACCGAAUUUGAGAUAAACAGGGGAAGACUUUUGAGCAGGAGAGAAACUGCAGAAGAGGAACUCAAGAAAAGGAUUUCGGAAUUUGAGAAAAAAAUACAGGGUUACAACAAAGAAGUGGAGACCUUUAAAAAACGGGAAGUAAUGAGUCUGGAUGAAAUGAAGAAUAAUGUUGACAAACUAAAUGAGCUGUCUAAAAGUAUUGAUGCGGCAUUUCAGGAGCUUGGGGUUAUUAAUAAAGAAGAGGAGUUGCUGGAGCGUGAAGUAAGCCAGUUUCCAUCACUGCAGACAGCAUUUACAAAUAAGCAACCCUAUGAUCAACUCUGGGUAACAGCAUAUAACUUUCAUGUCAAGUCAGAUUUAUGGAUGAAUGGUCCAUUUCAAAAACUGAAUGCAGAGGAGAUUAAUGAAGAGGUUGGGAAUAUGUGGCGCACUACAUACAAGCUUACUAAAAGCUUGGCAGACCUGCCUGGACCACGGCGGGUAGCUGAAAAUUUGAAAUUCAAAAUUGACAAAUUUAAACAACAUUUGCCUAUUCUGUCUACUAUUUGUAAUCCUGGGAUAAAGGAUAGACACUGGGAAAAGAUCAGUGCAAUUGUUGGAUUUGAAUUGAAACCUCAGAGUGAUGCAUCCUUGAUAAGCAUGUUGGAAUAUGGGCUUUCAAAGUUUAUUGACAAACUUGAAGAAGUUGGCGGGGCAGCCAGUAAGGAGUAUUCACUAGAGAAAGCAAUGGAAAAGAUGAAAUCUGAAUGGACAAACAUGUGCUUUACUUUCACUAAAUACAGAGACACAAAUACUCGCAUCCUAUCUGCAGUGGAUGAUAUCCAAGUUUUGCUAGAUGACCACAUUGUUAAAACACAGACUAUGUGUGGCUCUCCUUUUAUUAAACCAAUUGAAACAGAAAUAAGGGAAUGGGAAGAGAAACUGGUUCAGAUGCAAGAUAUUUUAGAUGCCUGGUUAAAAUGUCAAGCAACGUGGCUAUACCUUGAACCCAUUUUCAGCUCUGAAGAUAUUAUAGCUCAAAUGCCAGAAGAAGGCAGAAAGUUUGGUAUAGUUGACAGUUAUUGGAAAGAUAUCAUUGGAGAAGCAGUGAAAGAUACCCGGGUAUUGAUGGCCACUGCACAGCCAAACAUGCUAAGCAGACUACAGGAAUCUAAUGUUCUCUUGGAAGAGAUCCAGAAGGGGUUGAACACCUACCUGGAAAAGAAGAGAUUGUUUUUCCCCAGGUUUUUCUUCCUCUCCAAUGAUGAGCUGCUCGAAAUUCUUUCAGAAACCAAAGAUCCCCUCAGAGUGCAGCCACAUCUGAAGAAAUGCUUUGAAGGGAUAGCAAAACUGGAGUUCACUGAUCAGUUGGAAAUUACAGGCAUGAUUAGCUCAGAGAAGGAGACUGUUCCAUUCAUCCAGAAAAUCUUCCCUGCCAAAGCAAAGGGAAUGGUUGAAAAAUGGCUAUCUCAAGUUGAAGAGAUCAUGCUUGGUAGUCUCAGAAAUGUGAUUCAAGAUGGCAUGAUUGGAUACAGUCAGGUUCCCCGAAAAAAAUGGGUGUUGCAGUGGCCUGGCCAAGUUGUCAUUUGUGUUUCUUCCAUCUACUGGACAAGCGAAGUCUCCACAGCCAUAACAGAGGGAACAUUACCAGAGUAUUUACAGAAGAGUAACCAGCAGAUCAGUGACAUUGUCGAGCUUGUGCGAGGGAAGCUGUCGGGUGGUGCACGCAUGACCCUUGGAGCAUUAACUGUAAUCGAUGUCCAUGCUCGUGAUGUAGUUGCUAAACUUGCCCAAGAGAAAAUUAAUUUAAACGAUUUCCAGUGGAUCUCUCAGCUUCGAUAUUAUUGGGAAAAUAAUGAUGUGUUGGUACGAAUGAUCACCACAGAGGUUCAAUAUGGCUAUGAGUACCUAGGCAACUCCCCACGCUUGGUUAUCACACCUCUAACUGACAGAUGCUACAGAACCUUGAUGGGUGCAUUGAAAUUGAACCUUGGUGGUGCUCCAGAGGGACCAGCUGGAACAGGAAAAACAGAAACAACCAAAGAUCUGGCAAAAGCCAUAGCAAAGCAGUGUGUGGUCUUUAAUUGCUCAGAUGGUCUGGAUUACAAAGCCAUGGGUAAAUUUUUCAAGGGGCUCGCACAGGCAGGAGCAUGGGCAUGUUUUGAUGAGUUCAACAGAAUUGAGGUUGAAGUGCUGUCUGUGGUGGCACAACAGAUUCUUAGCAUACAACAAGCCAUCAUGCGUAACUUGAAAACGUUCAUCUUUGAGGGGACAGAACUUUCUCUAAAUCCAACUUGUACAGUCUUCAUUACUAUGAACCCUGGGUAUGCAGGCCGUGCAGAACUCCCUGACAAUCUCAAGGCUUUGUUUCGCACUGUUGCAAUGAUGGUUCCAGACUAUGCUCUGAUAGGAGAGAUUUCACUUUACUCAAUGGGGUUUAUUGACUCAAGGAGUCUUGCUCAGAAAAUUGUUGCUACCUAUCGCCUGUGCUCAGAGCAGUUAUCCUCACAGCAUCACUAUGACUAUGGAAUGCGGGCAGUGAAGUCAGUUCUGACAGCAGCAGGAAACCUCAAACUGAAAUACCCAGAGGAAAAUGAAAGUGUGCUGCUCCUCAGAGCAUUACUAGAUGUGAACCUGGCCAAAUUCUUGGCACAAGAUGUGCCUUUGUUCCAGGGUAUUAUCUCCGACCUGUUUCCUGGAGUGGUGCUCCCAAAGCCAGAUUAUGAAUUAUUCCUGCAAGCACUCAAUGACAACAUCCAGAAGAUGAAGCUUCAGCCAGUUCCUUGGUUCAUCGGGAAAAUUAUCCAGAUUUAUGAAAUGAUGUUGGUUCGCCAUGGCUUUAUGAUAGUGGGGGAUCCCCUCGGUGGCAAGACCUGUGCCUACAAAGUGCUAGCUGGAGCACUUUCUGAUCUGUAUGCAGCAAAACUAAUGGAAGAGAAUGCUGUUGAAUAUAAAGUAAUCAACCCAAAAGCCAUUACAAUGGGGCAGCUGUAUGGGUGCUUUGAUCCUGUAAGUCACGAAUGGACAGAUGGAGUACUGGCCACCACUUUCCGAGAGCAGGCAUCUUCUACCACACCAGACAGGAAGUGGAUCAUCUUUGAUGGACCAGUGGAUGCAGUUUGGAUUGAAAAUAUGAAUACUGUACUGGAUGAUAACAAAAAGCUCUGUUUAAUGAGUGGUGAAAUCAUUCAGAUGAGUGCUAAGAUGAGUUUAAUAUUUGAGCCUGCUGACUUGGAGCAGGCAUCCCCAGCAACUGUAAGCAGGUGUGGAAUGAUCUACAUGGAGCCUCACCAGCUAGGUUGGAAACCACUACAGGAAUCCUAUAUGAACACAUUACCAGCCAGCCUGAAGGAUGAACACAGGGAACUGAUUAAUGAUAUGUUUAACUGGCUUGUACAGCCCUGCUUAAAUUUCAUCCGCUUUGAAUGCCGGUUCUUGGUACAAACAUCACCCAUUCAUCUAGCCUACAGUAUGAUGAAGCUGUUCACAUGCCUCCUUGAUGAAAUAGCUGAAACUGAAAUGAAUGAGAAGGAGCCCAUGUCGAGUCAGCAGAUUACUCUUUGGCUACAGGGACUCUUCAUGUUUGCCCUGGUGUGGAGCAUUGCAGGAACAAUCAAUGGGGACAGCAGGAAGAAGUUUGAUGUUUUUUUCCGUAACCUGAUCAUGGGAACAAAUGAUGAGCACCCACGUCCCAAAAGUGUAAAGCUCACAAAAAAUAAUGUAUUUCCAGAGAGAGGAACUGUGUUUGACUAUUACUUCUACAAGGCUGGCAGUGGACAGUGGAAUAACUGGAUUGAUUAUAUCACCAAAGAAGAGUUAUCUAUUCCUGCCGGAGCCAAGGUAUCCGACCUCAUAAUCCCAACUGUCGAAACAGCCAGGCAGAGCUUUUUCCUGAAAACAUAUCUGGAUCAUGAGGUUCCUUUUCUUUUUGUGGGCCCCACUGGUACAGGGAAAUCAGCCAUUACCAAUAACUUCUUAGUUCAGCUGCCGAAGGGAAAAUACACCCCCAAUUGUAUCAACUUUUCAGCUAGAACAUCUGCCAAUCAAACCCAGGAUAUCAUUAUGUCAAAGCUGGACAGAAGAAGGAAAGGUGUCUUUGGUCCACCUGUGGGAAAAAAAUCAGUGGUGUUUGUAGAUGACCUAAACAUGCCUGCAAAGGAAGUGUAUGGAGCUCAACCCCCCAUCGAACUACUGCGGCAGUGGCUUGACCAUGGCCACUGGUAUGACAGGAAGGAUACAUCUAGAUUAGAUAUUGCUGAUGUUUUGUUUGUCUCAGCAAUGGGUCCACCUGGUGGAGGGAGGAAUGACAUUACAGGUCGAUUUACUCGUCAUUUAAAUAUCAUUUCCAUUGACUCCUUUGAUGAUGAGACAUUAACCAAGAUUUUUACAUCUAUUGUUGACUGGCAUUUUGGCAAAGGAUUUGACCCGGCAUUCUUGAGACUAGGUAAAAUUAUGGUGCAAGCUACAAUGUCAGUUUACAAAGCGGCAGUGGAGAACUUUCUUCCAACUCCAUCCAAAUCCCACUACGUAUUCAACCUUCGUGACUUUUCCCGAGUAAUUCGUGGAGUGUUGCUCUGUCCACAUACGCACCUUCAGGAAGGGGAUAAGUUAAUACGCCUUUGGAUCCAUGAAGUAUACCGUGUUUUUUAUGAUCGAUUGAUUGAUAAUGAAGAUAGGCAGGUUUUCUUCAACAUUGUAAAAGAGCGAACAUCUAACUUCUUCAAGCAAACUAUUGAUAAGGUGCUUAGCCACCUGACUCUUUCAGGGAAAGUUACUGAUAGCAACAUUCGCAGUCUGUUCUUUGGAGACUUCCUCAAGCCUGAUGCGGAUGUUAAGGCCUAUGAUGAAAUUACAGACCUGAAGCAGCUCACAUCUGUAAUGGAAUACUAUAUGGAGGAGUACAACAACAUUAGCAAGGCACCAAUGUCCUUAGUCAUGUUCAAGUUUGCUAUCGAGCAUAUUUCACGGAUUUGUAGAGUAUUGAAGCAAGAUAAUGGCCAUCUGCUGUUGGUUGGAAUCGGUGGAAGUGGGAGACAGAGCGCCACUAAACUGGCUACUUUCAUGAAUGAUUUUGAAUUAUUUCAGAUUGAAAUUACCAAAAACUACACCCGAAAUGAAUGGAGAGAUGACGUUAAAAAAGUCAUGCUAAAGACAGGAGCCGAGGGCAAGUUCACUGUUUUCUUGUUUAGUGACAACCAGAUUAAGGAUGAACUGUUUGUGGAAGACAUAAAUAUGCUUUUGAACACAGGUGAUGUGCCCAAUAUCUUUGCAGCAGAUGAAAAAGCUGAAAUAAUUGAAAAGAUGCAGAAUGUUGCAAGGGCAGAAGGCAAGCGAAUUGAUGCUACCCCUUUAUCAAUGUACAACUAUUUUAUCGAAAGAGUAAAGCAAAACCUACAUAUUGUCUUAGCUAUGAGCCCAAUUGGAGAUGCUUUUCGCAAUCGCUUACGAAUGUUCCCUUCACUAAUAAACUGCUGUACCAUUGACUGGUUCCAGUCCUGGCCAACAGAUGCUUUAGAAAUGGUAGCAAAUAAGUUUUUAGAAGAUGUAGAACUCGAUGAUGACAUCAGAAAACAAGUCGUCUCAAUGUGCAAGUACUUCCAAGAAAAUGUAAAAGAACUCUCUGAAAAAUUUUAUUCUACACUGAGAAGACACAAUUAUGUAACACCAACAUCCUACCUAGAGCUAAUUCUGACCUUCAAAGCCUUACUGAAUAGCAAACGGCAUGAAGUUGAUCUGAUGAGAAAUCGCUAUUUAGUAGGUCUAGAGAAACUCCAGUUUGCUGCUUCACAGGUUUCAGUGAUGCAAAAGGAGCUGACAGCUCUCCAACCAGAGCUUAUUAAAACAUCUGCUGAGACAGAGAAGAUGAUGGUUAAAAUUGAACAGGAAACAGUUGAAGUUGAUGCUAAGAAAGAGCUUGUUUCAGCUGAUGAGAAGGUGGCAAAUGAAGCUGCAGCUGCUGCAAAAGCCAUAAAGGACGAGUGUGAAGGAGAUCUUGCUGAAGCCAUGCCUGCGCUUGAAGCUGCAGUUGCAGCAUUGGAUACACUGAAACCUGCUGAUAUCACAGUAGUUAAAAGUAUGCAACAGCCACCAGGACCUGUCAAACUAGUUAUGGAAAGCAUCUGUGUCAUGAAGGGAAUAAAACCAGAAAGGAAGCCAGAUCCAAGCGGUUCCGGUAAAAUGAUUGAAGAUUUUUGGGGACCAUCAAAAAGACUUCUAGGUGACAUGAAAUUCCUUGACAGCCUUAAGACAUUUGACAAAGAUAAUAUUCCAGCUGCUGCCAUCAAGAGAAUAAGGGAAAAAUUUAUAGAACAUCCAGAUUUUCAGACUUCAGUCAUCAAAAAUGUGUCAUCUGCCUGUGAAGGCUUAUGCAAGUGGGUGAGAGCUAUGGAAGUAUAUGAGCGUGUGAAUAAGGUUGUUGCCCCAAAGCGGGAACGUCUCAAAGAAGCUGAGGCUGAGCUUGCAGUUCAGAUGGAGAAACUGAACAAAAAACGUGCUGAGCUUAAAAUGGUAGAAGACAGACUCCAAGCACUGAAUGAUGACUUUGAAACCAUGAAUAAUAAGAAAAUAGAGUUGGAAAAUAAUAUUGAUAUAUGUUCACAGAAGUUGGUACGUGCUGAGAAGCUGAUUGGGGGUCUUGGAGGAGAAAAAGACAGAUGGACAGAGGCAGCCCGGUUGUUAGGACUUAAGUAUAUCAACCUUACUGGUGAUGUGCUUCUGUCUUCGGGGACAGUAGCUUAUCUGGGAGCAUUCACAGUAGACUUUCGCCUGGAAAGCCAAAACCAGUGGCUGGCCUUGUGCAAGGAAAAACAGAUCCCUUGUUCUAAUGACUUCAGUCUGAGUAAUACCUUAGGUGAUCCAGUAAAAAUCCGUGCCUGGCAGAUUGCAGGUUUACCAGUUGAUUCAUUUUCUGUUGACAAUGGUAUCAUUGUGUCCAAUUCUAGAAGGUGGCCACUAAUGAUCGAUCCACAGGGACAAGCUAAUAAGUGGGUUAAGAACAUGGAGAAGUCAAACAAACUAGCUGUGAUUAAACUGUCAGAUACUAACUACAUACGGACACUAGAAAAUGCCAUUCAAUUUGGAACAGCUGUUUUACUAGAAAAUAUCGGUGAAGAGGUUGAUGCUGUUCUGGAACCUGUUUUGCUGAAGCAGACAUUUAAGCAACAGGGUGUAGAGUACAUAAGAUUAGGUGAAAAUAUCAUUGAAUACUGUAAAGAUUUUAAGUUCUAUAUGACUACCCGCCUUCGAAAUCCCCACUAUCUUCCAGAGGUAGCAGUAAAAGUUUGUCUUCUGAACUUCAUGAUAACACCACUUGGCCUCCAGGAUCAGUUACUAGGAAUAGUAGCUGCUAAGGAAAAACCUGAACUGGAAGAAAAGAAAAACAAACUAAUCAUAGAAAGUGCCAGUAACAAGAAACAACUUAAAGAGAUAGAAGAUAAAAUUCUUGAAGUUCUUUCAGCAUCACAAGGAAAUAUUUUGGAAGAUGAAACAGCCAUUAAGGUCUUAUCUUCCUCCAAACUACUCUCAGAAGAAAUCUCUGAAAAACAAAUGAUUGCAUCAGCAACUGAAAAAGAAAUUGAUGCUACCCGUCUGGGUUACAAACCAGUAGCUGUGCAUUCAUCCAUUAUAUUUUUUUGCAUUUCAGAUUUAGCAAACAUUGAACCAAUGUACCAGUACUCUUUAACUUGGUAUAUUAAUCUUUAUGUACACUCCAUUGCUCACAGCAACAAAAGUGAUGACUUGUCUGAAAGAAUUGAAAAUAUUACAGAACAUUUUACAGUGAGUAUUUAUAAUAAUGUGUGCCGCUCCUUGUUUGAGAAAGACAAGCUGCUCUUCUCUCUUCUUUUGACUAUAGGAAUAAUGAAAGGAAAAGGCAAAAUAGAUGAUGAAAUAUGGCGCUUCCUUCUGACAGGAGGUGUUGCACUCGAGAAUCCCCAUCCUAAUCCAUCGCCUGAUUGGCUGUCUGACAAAUCAUGGGCAGAAAUUGUGAGGGCAUCUAAUUUAAAAAAUCUUCAUGGAUUUAUGGAUCAUGUCAAAUCCAACAUUUCAACUUGGAAAACAAUAUAUGAUUCUGCAAAACCUCAGGAAGAACCACUUCCGGAUGAAUGGAGGACUCUGAAAGGCUUAGAUUACAUGGUUGUUCUCAGAUGUCUCAGGCCUGAUAAAAUUGUUCCAGCUAUACAGAAUUUCAUUGCAGAGAACAUGGGGCAGACAUAUAUUGAAUCACCAACUUUUGACCUUGCUGGAAGCUACACUGACUCAAACUGCUGUUCACCACUGAUUUUUGUCCUGUCUCCUGGAGCUGACCCAAUGGCAGGCUUGCUGAAGUUUGCAGAUGACCUGGGUAUGGGUGGAACAAAUAUUCAGACUAUUUCCCUUGGUCAGGGCCAAGGACCAAUUGCAGCUAAGAUGAUAGAAGAUGCUAUCAAGGAUGGUACAUGGGUUGUACUACAGAAUUGUCAUCUUGCUACCAGCUGGAUGCCUACUUUGGAGAAAAUCUGCGAGGAAGUGAUAAUCCCUGAAAACACCAAUCCUAAAUUUAGACUCUGGUUAACAAGCUACCCUUCAGACAAGUUUCCAGUCAUUAUACUUCAGAAUGGAGUAAAGAUGACAAAUGAACCUCCCAAAGGCCUUCGAGCUAAUCUUUUACGUUCAUACCUCAAUGACCCAGUAUCAGAUGCUGCAUUUUUUAACAGCUGCAAGAAGCAAGAUAUCUGGCAAAAGUUGCUUUUUGGGCUUUGCUUUUUCCAUGCUCUUGUUCAAGAGAGGCGGAACUUUGGUCCACUUGGUUGGAAUAUUCCUUAUGAAUUUAAUGAAUCAGAUCUUCGAAUCAGCAUGAGGCAAAUUCAGAUGUUUUUGAAUGAAUAUGAAGAGACCCCACUGGAUGCUUUGACAUAUCUGACAGGGGAAUGCAACUAUGGUGGAAGAGUAACAGAUGACAAGGACAGACGUCUUCUUCUCUCACUUCUCUCAAUUUUCUACAAUAAACAUCUUGUAAAAGAAGAGAAGUAUAUGCUGUCUGCUGAUGAUGUCUACUAUGUCCCCCCACAUGGCCCUUAUCAGACCUACGUUGACUACAUACGAAGUCUGCCAAUAACGGCCCAUCCAGGAGUUUUCGGACUUCAUGAAAAUGCUGACAUCACCAAAGACAAUCAGGAGACGAAUCAGCUUUUCAGUGGAGUGCUGCUGACUCUUCCCAGACAGUCAGGGGGAAGUGGAAAGUCCCCACAGGAAGUGGCUGAAGAACUAGCAACAGAUAUUCUUUCCAAGCUGCCACAGGAUUUUAACCUGGAAAUGGUAAUGGGAAAGUAUCCAGUACUGUAUGAAGAAUCUAUGAAUACAGUUCUCAGACAAGAGCUCAUCCGGUUUAAUAGACUCACCCAAGUUAUACGCAGUAGUCUUAUAAAUAUACGGAAGGCUAUCAAAGGUCAAGUGCUGAUGUCUUCAGAACUGGAGAAUGUUUUUAACAGUAUGUUGGUAGGAAAAGUGCCAGCUAUGUGGGCAUCCAAAUCCUAUCCAUCACUGAAACCACUUGGAAGUUAUAUAAGUGACCUUUUGGCACGGCUUCGAGUAUUCCAGGACUGGAUAGACAAUGGACCACCCAAUGUGUUUUGGAUAUCGGGAUUCUACUUUACACAGUCAUUUUUGACUGGUGUGUCACAGAAUUUUGCCAGAAAGUACAAAAUACCAAUUGAUCACAUUGGCUUUGAAUUUGAGGUUUUAGAUCAAGAAGGUGACAUGGAGCAAAAACCAGCAGAUGGAGCAUAUGUGAAAGGCCUUUUCUUAGAAGGUGCCCGUUGGGACAGGCAACAAAUGGUUAUUGGAGAAUCCUUACCAAAAAUACUGUACGAUUCCUUGCCAAUUAUAUGGCUGAAACCUGGAGAAAGUUCAACAUUUUUGCACCAGCGUGUUUACUUCUGCCCAGUAUACAAGACAAGUGCAAGAAGAGGCACUCUGUCCACCACUGGGCAUUCUACCAAUUACGUUCUCUCAAUAGAAUUGCCAUCGGACAAGCCAGAAAAGCACUGGAUAAACCGGGGUGUUGCAGCCCUGUGUCAACUGGAUGACUGAGCUCAUGCAUGAAUCUGGCAAAGCGUUAUAGCAUGAACAAAAUAGAUUAGCCAUUACUUGAACCAGGACAACACAUAUCUUUUAUUAAAUCCCUUGAGAUUUUUGCGUGAUCUAUUGUUUUGCAUUGCAUCUUCUGUCAGUACUUUUCAGUCUGUCAUUCUAGCUUCACAGUAAGGGAAUUGGCAAUUCAAAGACUUCUGUAUGGCAUUUAAAUCAAUAAAUUUAAGACCCAAAGUAAAUAAAUUCAUAUAGAGGAAUGAAUGCUAUUAGUAUGUUCUCUUUUACUGCUACAAAACCAAAUGAAAUAAAAGUAUUGUUUUUGAGA